UUGCAAGUGACUUCUCGUGUUAUAGAAGGAAACUAUUUGGAAAUAAAGGAAAAUUUUGUUUCUCGGAUAAACUUUGCGUAAUAUUAAAAUACCUAACAUAAAUUAAACCAUCUAUUAGGUAAAAAUUUCACGUAUACCCUAAAAGAUUGUGAAAUUUGCAAUGACAUUGUAUAAAAAAUAACUUGUAGGGACGUUUGUACCAUUGCCCCAAGUGCAUACCCUCAAUUUCUGUGGUAAUUUAUGGCUAACAUCAUUCUUAUUUUGACUUUUAUUAGCCUUUACUAUCUUCCAUCUUAUCCAUUGACUGUCUUCCAAUUCCUAGUUCUACAUCUCACAACUCUUCAAUCCUCUUUCAAUGAUUUUUAUGGCAGAAUCAUACCAGAAUUCAGUAAUUUAAAUCAUUUAACUAGCGAGAACGUAGCUCAUGCAACGACUUUUUUCUAUAAAAUUUAUUCGAAUGCACGAGAUUUUCGUAGAAUUUGUAUAACGAAUUUCAGCAACGUAAAACAGAAUAUUCCAAAGCAGAAAAUUCGAAUUUAUUAAAAAGAAAUGGGCGUUGAUUAUUAUGGUGUCUUAGAACUAACUUCUUCAGCCACGGAUGAUGACUUCAAAAAGGCGUAUAGACGCUUAGCACUAAGAUAUCAUCCUCUAAGGUGUAACGACGAUUAUGCUUACAAGAGAUUUGCUCUAAUUUCCGAGGCGUAUGAUGUUUUGACGAAUCCCGAAACGAAGGCAAUUUAUGAUCAAUACGGUGAAUGCGGAUUGAAAUUGGGAGUGCCCAUUUGGGCAGAGGGCGCAGAAGGUGCCGUUGUAAAAAAUUACAGCUUUCAUGGAGAUACAGAGAAGGUUUUUCGUGACUUUUUUGGCGUUGAUAAUCCUUAUGCAGAAUAUUUUAUCCCCAAUAAUGAAAAAAUGGGCAAAUAUUUGGGACCGGAAGGUAAAAUGACACAGCUGGUACCCGACCCCACUCACAUAAUAGAAGUGGAACUUGAAGAGUUGUUUAGUGGCUGUUUUAGAAGAUUAGUGUAUGAAAGAAAGGUGUUGAACGAAGACGGAGUGACGAUGAGAUCGGAGACAAAAAACUUGUCCAUUCAAAUUCCACCAGGAUGUCCUUCCGGAAGGAAGUUUACAUAUCGUGGACACGGACACCAGAAUCUGAACUCGGCAUAUGGAGAUGUCGUCGUGUUAAUAAAACAGAAACCACACAAAUUAUACAUUCGAGAGGGAAAUGAUUUGUGUGUCGACACGAAGGUACCGUUAAUGGAUGCACUGACCGGCUUUAAAACAAAUCUGGACACGCUCGACGGCACUUCUCUCUCAAUUGCAAUCCCCGAGAUAAUAAAACCAGGCACUAGGAAGAUAUUAAAAGGGAAAGGAAUGCCUAACGAAGAAAACAGAAGAGAGAGAGGAGAUCUUAUCAUCAAUUUUCAAGUUGUAUUCCCUGAAUAUUUAACCAAAAUCCAGAAAGAAAUCAUUAGGAAAGGAUUUUUGCAUAAAUCUGAGGAUAAUUAAUAGUUUUAUUGCAUUUCGUGCAGAUGUAAAUGGAUCAGAAUGGAUUAAAGACAAAUAAAUGGAUAAAUGAAUCUCAUAAACAAUGUGGUUAUUAAUAUAAGUCAAUUCAUUUUAGUAUUAAACGUGAAUAAAAACCAAUUAACCCCUAUAGUUCCAGUUUGUUUAUUCUUUAACAGGUAAAGAAUGAAGAGUAAGGAGGAAAAUUUGUUUCUCCUCUCUAUCCACUGCAGGUUUGGCUAUGCCCACAAUACGGGUGGCAGAGCGAUGCCUGCCUAUGUUUAUUUUGGAAUGAUCUUGCCGGUCUUCUAACCUGAAAUCAAGUUUCCUCUCGAACCUCUAUUUCUGGAACGAAAAAAACAAUGGGCAUAGUGAGAAUUCAUGCAAGUGUAUGUGUCGACUGCUAUGGGGAGAGAGAAGUUCAAAUUUGAAGUUUGAUAAUGACCUCUAGACAGAGUCAAAAUCAAGUGGUAGUUGCAUAU